AUGGGCCUCCGCAAAGCAUUCAAACGGCUGCUCCCGCGGGCUAGCCGUGCGAAUGUUUCUCCUGCGAAAUCUCAACCAGAGCCCAGAUCAGAGCCCAGAUCUGCCAAAACAGAGAAAACAGAGACAGACCCAACAACAACCGACACAGACAAAUCCGACUCAUUCGUACAUGUCGACCUCCCUUCCUCUGCCCCUACCUAUGCCCAGGUGUUGGUAGCCUGGCUGCUGCUGUUGCUGCGCACGCGUGAAGAUGGCCAGGCCGAGUUUGAGUGGGCGUACGCCGAUGACACAAAGGGGGAGAAACACUUGCUGUCGAGCACGGUGGUGGACCUAAAUGGGAAUAUCGAGCAGGAUGUGGCAGCCGUCUCGGGGGUUGCGUCCGGGAGAGAUGGUGCGCUGGUGUUGAGCACGGGGUUGCUAGCCCCAGGUGGGACCGCCUUGGACCCCACAAUCCACCUCCGCGUCACGCUCUCCCCAUUAUCAACCACCAUCGUCUACCACACUCCCACAGCACUCCCAUUCACCCUCUCCCUCUUCACAACCAACUUCACCCACCUCCUGACGCAGGCCCAAACCCUCCCAAACACCCCCCUAAAAUCCCUCUUAUCCCCCACCCCCGCGGACCUCGCCCACAUCUGGACCCUCAACCGCACCGUCCCGCCAACACACGCCUUCCCAAUCCACGACUUGAUCUCCCAGCGAGCGACCGAACACCCGUCCAAAACAGCCAUCGACUCGUUUGACGGGACGUUGACCUACGCCGAGGUGGAUACUUUCUCGACUGUUCUCGCGCACCAUUUGCGUACCGCAGUCGGCGUGCAGAAUCAUGAUUCAGUCGGCGUGUGUUUUGAGAAGUCCCGCUGGACGGUGGUCGGGUUAUUGGCCGUGAUGAAAGCUGGAGCAACAGUCGUGAUGAUGGAUCCGAGUUUGCCGACCGGCAGACUGAAGGGUAUGGCGGGGCAAGUCGGGGCGAAAGUCAUCGUCUCAUCAGCCAACCAGCAGCAUCUCGCUGGGGAGAUCCUCCCUUCCGGCCAGAUCGUGGUAAUCGACCAACCUACCCUUACCUCUCUAUCCCCUCUCUACCCCCCAACCACAACCCCCCCUUUACCACCCGUCGACCCCUCAACAAUACUCUACACAAUCUUCACCUCCGGCAGCACCGGCACCCCAAAGGGCGUCCUAAUCUCCCACAAAACCUACACCUCCUCCGCCCUCCCGCGCGCCGCAGCCGUCGGCUACUCCCCGACCUCCCGCGUCCUCGACUUCGCCUCCUACGCCUUUGAUGUCGCGCUCGACAGCAUGCUGCUUACCCUCUCCCAUUCCGGAACGCUGUGCAUCCCGUCUGAUGCUGAUCGGUUGGAUAACCUCAACGGGGCGAUGCGUCGGUUGAGGGUUAACUACGCCGGUAUCACACCCUCCGUGGCACGCGUGCUGGAAGAAGAUGUAAUCCGCUCCUUAGAUCACGGCCUAGGACUCGGCGGGGAAGCGGUAGCAGCGGGCGACGCUCGGAAAUGGGGCGGCUGGGCAAAGAGGAUAGUGAUUGGGUAUGGGCCGUGUGAGUGCACGAUUGGGUGUACGAUUAACGGGGAUGCGGCGCCGCCGGAGGGGAGGGAGUAUCUGUCGAUUGGGCAGGGGAAUGGCGCGGUGAUGUGGGUGGUGGAUCCGGAGGAUCAUGAGGUGUUGAUGCCGUGGGGGGCGGUCGGGGAGUUGUUGGUGGAGGGGCCGAUUGUGGGGGAGGGGUAUUUGGGGGAUGGGGAGAAGACGGAGAGGGCUUUUAUAAGGGAUCCGAUUUGGCUUAGGGGGGGGGUUACUUCUACCACUGAGAAUAGAGAGGAAGUGAGCUUCCCCGGGAGACGAGGGAGGUUGUACAAGACGGGGGAUCUCGGGCGGUAUGAUCCCGACGGAUCCGGGGGGAUUGUGUUUGUGGGACGCAAAGACACUCAGGUCAAACUGCGGGGCCAGAGGGUCGAACUCGGGGAGAUUGAGAGCCAGCUACGAGCGAAACUGCCUGGCAUGACCGUCAUUGCUGAGGUGCUGGCCCAGGGGUCAGUGUCGACGUUGGUAGCGUUCAUCUCGCCCGAGUCCAACAGCGCCCACGGGAAGGAGGUCGAGCUCGAGAGUAUAGUGCUUGAUUCAGCCACCCAAAAGACCCUAGAGCAAGCCGACCGCAACGUCGCCGAGGUGCUGCCUCGGUACAUGGUCCCCACGGCGUACCUCCCGGUCAACCACAUCCCGACGCUGAUAUCGGGGAAGACGGACCGGAAGAAGCUGCGCGCGUUUGGGCCGGGGGCUUUACGAGCUGCUGCCGACUCAGCUCACGAGAGCAGUGAUGUCAGCGAUGUCCUCACCGACGGGGAACUCCAACUCCGUCAGGCUUGGGCUACCGUCCUUCGCCUGAGUGCUGAGAGUAUCAAGAAAAACGACAACUUCUUCGCGCUCGGCGGCGACUCCCUCGCAGCAAUGAAACUCUCCGCCCACUGCCGCACCCUGGCACUCAACCUCCCCGUCAUUCACACCUUUGCCCACCCGACUCUCUCAGCCAUGGCCGCCGUCACCGUCCCCUUCACCCAAUCCUCCACAGAAACAGCCCCACGAACCCCUUUCUCGCUCCUCCCAGCACCAGCCGAGCAGGCAGUAUUAGAAGCAGCCCACAUCUGCGGCACCACUCCAGCCUACAUCGAAGACAUGUACCCAUGCACCCCCACCCAAGAAUCCCUCUUCACCUUUUCCCUCAAAUCCCCCACGCCCUAUCUCGCCCAGCGGAUUGCGACUAUUCCGGCACGCUUUUCUACACAGGCCUGGAAAGUCGCAUGGGAGUCUGUCGUAGCCGCCACGCCGAUUUUACGGUCUCGGUUGGUGCAUCGCGCUGAGCAGAGCGGGUUGGAGCAGGUGGUUCUCCGAGAUGAAGGACAGGGGAUUGCGUGGGUGGAAGAGACAGACCUGGAAGGGUAUUUGGCGCAGGAUAAGCAGCAGAACAUGGAUUUCGGGAUGGAGUUGGCAAGGUACGCGAUUGUGGUGGAUCGGGGACAGAGGUACAUGGUGUGGACACUGCAUCAUGCCGUGUAUGACGGGUGGAGUGAGCCGUUGGUACUGGGGGGUGUUUACUCUUUGUUAGCCCCUGCCCCUGAAGCCCCUGAGGCCCCUGAGCACGAUACCAACACUCACCAACCCCUGAACCAAACAAACCAAUCACCCCCAUCACCCCAGCAACCCCCCUUUUCCCCCUUAACCAAAACAACAAUGGCCGACUUCGUCCACCACCUCACCCACAACAUCCCCCCACAAACAACCACCGCCUUCUGGCGCACCACCCUAUCCGGCGCCACCGGCCCGCAAUUCCCUGCUCUUCCCUCCCGUGACUUCCACCCUGUCCCGACUGGGUUUCUCCAGCACUGUAUCUCUCUGCCCACUACCCCUGAGGGAAAGAAGAUAAAAAUCCCCUUCACACUCGCCACCGUCCUCCGCGGCGCCUGGGCCCUUGUCGCUGCGCAGAGCAGUGGAAAUGGCGAUGUCGUGUUUGGGGAGACGUUGACGGGGCGGGAUAUUGCGUUACCUGGGGUGGAGGAGGUGGUCGGGCCUUUGAUUGCGACUGUGCCUGUCAGAGUGCGAGUCCCGGGGUCAGAUCACUCGCAAACUUUGGCAGAGGAAGAAGAGGAGGAGAGGGGAAAAGGGGACAAGAUCAAAGAAUACCUAGGUACCAUCCAAGCGUCCACCGCAGCACACGCCCCCCACCAACACCUCGGCAUGCAACAUAUCCGGAGGGUAUCGCGGGAUGCGUUGGUCGCGUGUGAGGCGCCCACGGGGUUGGUCAUCCAAGUCUCUGGGGAGGAGUCGGCAUCUCAAACCAACGUGGUCACAGCUCUCGGAUUUGAAGUGGCAGACCCCCUGCUUGAAGCCCUGCACUUUAACCCUUACCCUCUCAUGCUCGCUUGUGGUAUCGAGUCUGGUAGGGUAAGGGUGUGUGCUAGUUUUGAUGAGCGGGUUGUUUCGACGGGGGAAAUGGGACGGGUGCUCGGCCGGUUGGAGAAAGUCUUUCUCAGUUUGGUGGCUGGAGCUGAGACUGACAAAAUGGUGGGUGAGAUCGACGGGCUGGGACAGGAGGACUGGCGGUUGUUAAAGGAAUGGAAUGGUCAAGGACCGAUGGAGGUGGACAAGAAUGGGAGGGUUAGGGUUGGUGGUGAAGUCGGAAAAACCCUCGAUCUACGGGUGGUUGUGCCGUGGGUCGUGGAACGGGGGAAUGCAAAUAAGCUCGUGUCGGUUGGGUGUGUCGGCGAACUAUGGCUGGAAGGCCCGCUGUUGACUGGUGAAGGCGUGGUUGAGAAUCCCCUGUGGCUGGAGGCCUUUGGACGACAGGGUAAAGCGCAGCCGACGGGGGAUUUGGUCAAGCAGCGGGAGGACGGGAGUAUUGUUCUGGUUGGACGCAAGGAUGGGUCUGUGGCGAGUGACCUGGAGCGGCAUUUGGCCCAGUAUCUACCGUCGGUUGUGUUUUCUGUCGUUUCUGUAGAAGGACAAAGCCUGGUGUUGAUCCAGCGGCCAGACACAGACGCCGACGUGGAAGUUCUGAAGGGGAAGCACACUCUGACAACCUACAGCUUCAGCACGGCUGUUUCUACGGCCAUCCCCGCGACCCUCGUAUCCAACCUCAAACGGUUCGACAAGUUCGCUCAGAACUCACUCUCACAGUCCCCAGCCUACCUCGUCCUCGACUCCCUUCCUUCAAACCCCCAGGACUUAGCCGCCAAGAUCCCCCAUCAAAUCCUCCGCUACUUCCGCACCGCCCUACACGCCUGGACACCCCCCGCGACGCAAUCCGCAGAAACAACCGCCGAGUCUAUCCUCAAAGCCGCCUGGGCCUCCGUGCUCGACAUCCCCCCUUCGCAAAUCGACACCGACGACAACUUCUUCCGGCUCGGGGGUGACUCAGUCCUGGCUAUGAAGCUAGUCUCGCGGCUUCGCGGGCAGGGCCAUCGCCUGACAGUGGCGGAUGUGUUUCGGCAUAUGCGUCUGGGAGAUGCAGCAGGGGUUCUCAAGCUGGGUAAGCCGAAGACAGAAAAGGCCGAGUCAAAGCCAAACACGGAGAAGGCAGAGGGAGAGAAGACAAAAGCCGUGGGGAAAUACAACCCCUUUUCCCUGCUCCCGUCCGACUCGGCGCAGCUCAUCUCCGAAAUCACCCCCCAACUUGACGCCCGCUGGUCGAUCCAAGAUAUCUACCCCGUCACAGAGACACAAGACCUCGACAUCCGCGCCACCAUCACUCCUCCGCAAACAUCAGUCCAGUACACCCUGUUGUUCUCUCCACCCGGCGGGUUCGACCGGCAGCGACUGGUGUCUGCGCUACACAAGCUCGUCCAAGCACACGAUAUCCUCCGGACGGUGUUCAUCCGACACGGGGCGUCGUUCCUGCAGGUUGUGGUCCGCGAGCUGGAGGUUCCGCUGCAGGUACACGAUGCUACCCAGGAUGAUCUAGAGUCGUCGGUCCGGUGUGUGUGCGUAGAGCAUAUCGGUGGGGGAUUCCACCUCGGCCAGCCCUUCUUUCACACUCUGCUCGUCACCUCUGCGGGUGCCAACAACAACAAAACGGAGUGUCUCGCCCUGGCCCUCUCCCACGCCCAAUACGACGGUGUCUCCCUCCCUCUGCUCCUGCAGCACCUCUCGGCUCUGUACACCAACCCCAACACCCUCCCCAAUCUACCUACUACCCCCUUCUCAACCUACCUCGCCCACACCCUUUCUGUGUCAGCCCAAUCCCGCGCCCUAAGCUACUGGUCUGCCUUGCUCACCGGGUCUGUCCCCACCAUCCUACCAGAUUUGACAAGGACCGACUUACACCCUACGAGUAGGGCCGUGUUUCGCACUCUGGCUGUCCCAGGACAGGAAGGGGGAACCAGUAUGGAUAAUACUGGGAUUACCACAGCGACGAUGUUAACAACAGCCUGGGCCGUAGUCCUCGCGCGCAGGACACACAGUAGGGAUGUCACUUUUGGACGGGUGACGUCUGGUCGGACGGUAGAUUCUGAUUCUCAAGGUGGUGACGGGGGAGAGAUGGAUAUGGAUGCCGUGUCUGGACCGUGCUACCGUAUUUCACCUGUUCGCGUGCGGUUUGAUACGACUGUCCAGACGGCUGGGUUAUUGCGGGAGGUACAAAACCAGGCUGUGGCGUCCUCGGCGUGGGAUUAUGUUAAUCUAGGCGCGUUAGGCGAGAACGUGGGGUGGAAGACCCGCGGCGUAGAAGGGCCAGCGGUGUUUGAUUCCAUGGUGCAUCAUCAGGAUUGGGAUGAUGCGUCGACGAUGGUGUUUGGUGGGGCAGAGUGUAAGAUUGAUUUGGAGACGCCGCAUGGGGAUGCGGGCGUGCCGAUGAAGGUGGUGUCGUUUGUCAGGGAACGGGUUAUGCAUGUGGGGGUUGUUGGGAGGGAGGAGGAUGGGGAGGUUGUGGAGAGUCUGCUGGGGGAGUUGGCAGAGACGGUGAGGGUGUUGAGGGGGGAUGGGGUUGUGGAGGUUUAG